GCAGAAGUUUACAUAUUAUUUACAACCAUUUUAGACAAAUUGGAGGUGACUGCUACACGUGAAACCUCUAAGGAUAGAAAGAAACGUCGUUACCGAUUUGGGCUGCAGGCAGCGAGGACACCUAUAACCAGCCUGUGGGGUCCUGCGGCGGCUAUGGGACUGAUCCGUCCUUCAGGCAGCGGUGUGGUCAACCAUGCCAGGGCGCGGAGGGGGCCUGAGGUGCGCUUCUGCGCAGGCGCACGGUGCCUAAAUCUACCCAGGAACUGCUCUCGCUCUCUCUUUCCGUUUUCAGACAUGGGCACACCGCAGAAGGAUGUUGUUAUCAAGUCAGAUGCACCGAACACUCUAUUGCUGGAGAAACAUGCAGACUAUAUAGCGUCUUAUGGCUCAAAGAAAGAUGAUUAUGAAUACUGUAUGUCUGAGUAUUUGAGAAUGAGUGGCAUCUACUGGGGUCUGACAGUAAUGGAUCUCAUGGGACAACUUCAUCGCAUGAAUAGAGAAGAAAUACUGACGUUUAUUAAGUCAUGUCAACACGAGUCCGGUGGAAUAAGUGCUAGUAUUGGACAUGAUCCUCAUCUUUUAUAUACUCUUAGUGCUGUCCAGAUUCUGACUCUGUAUGAUAGUAUUAAUGCCAUUGAUGUAAAUAAAGUUGUGGAAUAUGUUCAAAGUCUACAGAAAGAAGAUGGCUCUUUUGCUGGAGAUACUUGGGGAGAAAUUGAUACAAGAUUUUCUUUCUGUGCGGUGGCAACAUUGGCUCUGUUGGGGAAGCUGGAUGCUAUUAAUGUGGAAAAGGCAAUUGAAUUUGUUUUGUCAUGUAUGAACUUUGAUGGUGGAUUUGGUUGCAGACCAGGUUCUGAAUCCCAUGCUGGGCAGAUCUAUUGUUGCACAGGAUUCCUUGCUAUUACUAGUCAGUUGCAUCAAGUAAAUUCUGAUUUACUCGGUUGGUGGCUUUGUGAACGACAGUUACCAUCAGGUGGACUCAACGGAAGACCAGAGAAGUUGCCAGAUGUAUGCUAUUCCUGGUGGGUUUUGGCUUCCCUAAAGAUAAUUGGAAGGCUUCAUUGGAUUGACAGAGAGAAACUGCGUAGUUUCAUUUUAGCAUGUCAAGAUGAGGAAACGGGAGGAUUUGCAGACAGGCCAGGAGACAUGGUAGAUCCAUUUCAUACUUUAUUUGGAAUUGCUGGACUAUCGCUUUUGGGAGAAGAACAGAUUAAACCUGUUAGUCCUGUUUUUUGUAUGCCUGAAGAAGUACUUCGGAGAAUGAAUGUUCAGCCUGAACUAGUGAGCUAGUCAUCGAUGGAAAAGUAACUUGGUAGUUCUUUCUGUAUUUGAAAGUCUUGUCAGACUUAAAAAUGAGUACUGUAAAUUUGUUAAUAUUUUGUAUAUGUGUUGUGAUAAAUUAAUGCUGUGAUUAUACAUACUGUAAAAUAAAGCCUUUUAUUCAAUCUUUAGAUUUUUCCUGAUAACGCUAUUGUUCAGAGUGUAAGGAAUUCUGAGGAUUAUUUAUUUAUUUUUUAUGCUGCCAGUGUUAGUCAUCAGUGAUUAGCUUUGCUUAUGUUUCAUUGUAUUCAUAUGUCUCUAUAAUAGAGCAAAAUGUAAGAACUCUUAGGGGCAGUUUUGAAGGUCUGUUUGAUUCUUCUCCAUGUAUUCCUUUCAUACGUUGUAUAAAGCUUGGUUCUUGUAAACAGGAAUGUUACCUGUAAACAAUGGAUUAACACCAUGGAAUUAUUAAAAGUUGCAUGUAAAUAAAUGGCUUUUGUAAUUUG